AUGGUAGAACAAAUAUCUAGAAGUCUCACCAAGAAAAAAAAAAAAAUUGUAUUCACCACUAGAUCUCCUUCACUAAUGCCACCUAAACCAAUCAACUCUAAUAUUCUCUACGUUGGUCUGGUUCCAUAUGAAUGGGACGAAGAGACCGUCAAAUCAGUUGUUUGCGGAUCUGGAAACAUUGUAGAUGUGAGAUUACAAUACGAUUUUCAAGGUAAAAACAGAGGAUAUUGUUUUGUUGAAUACCAAACCACUCGUGAUGCUCAAAACGCAGCACCUUUGUUGGGCUCGAUAAUAAUACAUCAACCUAAUGGUCACUCCAGGAGGUUUAAAAUUGAAGGAUCAAAAGAGGCGUUCAAGGGAAAUAGUGGGCCACCUGGGAGAGUGCUUGCUCUAAAUAGAAACAACUUACCAAAAAAUGUCCAGUUACCACCAGCAAUGACAGGAGGUAGCAGCCCCUUCAUGGGAAGGACCAACUCACCGCUUCCAACAACCCCGGUUGCAAGUAAUGCCAUGACUGUACCAUCUGCUCUGAGUUUCAAUCCAAGUUUGCCCCAGAAUGGACCAACAGAAACUGUUCCAAUAAAGUUUACCCAAGCGACAAAGUCACUUCCAUACACACCUUCUUUACCAUUUGCUGCACCUGAUAAUAUAGACGCUACACUCAGCAAGAUUCAACCUACACAAUUGAUUGAAUCACUUGCCACUAUGAAAAACGCGUUGCAAGCCGACCCAACAAGAGCACAAGAUCUCUACCAAAUGAACCCAGAGUUUGCCGUGUGUGCUGCACAAGUGUUGUUGUUGAUGGGCUUUGUCGAUAACGAUGUGCUUACUUCCAAAUCAGUGUCGUCUACACCACAGCCAAGUUCUCAACCAUUGUACCUGCAGCCACAAUUCCAACAAGGAAUACCAAAUAACGGAGCUUCCUCGUACAUGUCGCAACAGAUGACAGCAGGCGCAGUAUGGUCUGGAUUGCCGAUGGAAACCCAGAAUGCAUUGCGAAAUAUGGAUGCUGAGCUGGUAAAAAAAGCCUUUGAAUUUAUUAAUAUGACAGAAGAGUACUUUAGGAGUUUGUCGUACCACGAGAAGACCAGAAUCAACCUGAUUAGGCAACAGCUAGGACUUCAUACAUAUCCUGUGUAA